UCGUCGAUCAUACAUUCCCAAAAGAGGGAGUGUAUAUUCUUUCAACACCCCGCGCUUGUCGUUGUAAACGAUAGAAAGAGCUGGACUGCGGACUUUUAUGCAAUAACCUCGUAUCUACCCAAGGCAAUAUCAGAUCUCAAGAUGUACUUACAACUUGGGGAGACGACAGUCGAAGAGGGUCCUGACAUUCUAAGGCUAGCUGAGAGUUCGGAUAAAAUGCCUCGUAAUUCCUACUUGAAUCUUGAUCAGCGUUUCACUAUCGAAUGAGAGCACCUCAGUGAGAUGCCAUGGAACGUCAAUGUCAACGUUGACAGUGAAGACCGCAAGAAGCUAGAUUUCAAGAUUAGCGAACUAGAAGCUCAGCAGAAUCGAUACAUCUACAAACCACUCCCAGCGAGCUUCCACGCCGUUGCUCCCGGUCCAGUUGUCAUGCUGACCAAUCCUCCGAGAUCGAGCACACUUGGAGCCCCGGUCAUUGUCCUAGUAAACGACUUCCCCCUUUUCCGUUUCUUACGUGUCAAGUUCCAAGCCGACAAUGCUAGGUUGGGCUUACGUGGCAUGCCGAAAUACGACAUUGGUCAAGAACACUGUUUGAGGCUGAGCGAAAACGCGCAAGACGGCAUCGAGGGCAAGCCCGUGCGUCUGUUCGAGCAUGGGUCACCAGAACUCCGUGAAGUAUCAUUCGUAGAAGUCACCCAGGAGGUAAAGACCACAACUGCCGAUCGCCUAAG